GAUAGAGAAACGCCGAAACAAUUUAAAAGCGGGCGAAAUAGAGAAUUACUCGGAAAUGGUGUUGUUGUUAUAGGGGUUCCAAAACCGUACUUGAGAGCCGGUAAGAUCAGUUAAAGUCAUCGAAGUCAUCUAACCGGAGGUCUCAGAAACGAGCUAUUUCGACCAGUCCGGACCAGAAGGACGAGUUGGUAUUAAAGGCCAUGCAAAGAGGUGCUCAAAUGACAUCGACAGGCUUAUUAAUUGUAUCAAAUAUAAAGCAAAUUGCGAAAUCUCUAAGCGUCGUGGAGAAAUAUGUGAAUAAAAUUUAUAUUCAUCUAAACGUACCUGUGGAAAAAUGUCAGCCGUUACCUACGUGGAGUCAUUUAAUAUCACAAUUAUACGUAGAUAACAAUCAGUUACUCAGCAAAAGCUUGUGUAUGAACAUUUUGGUGGGAUCGUUGCGUGAGCAAGGUAUAAAAGGAUUAAUAAAAAGGCCUGUCGAUAUGUUAUUCUCUGAUGGCCACUAUCCUGAACUUUGUGAGGUUAUUAUACAACAUUUCGAUAUACCCGGGAAACCAAUUUAUUUGGAUAAAGCACAGAGUACAGAUUUGACGGAACACCAAAAUUUCAAAGAAGCUAAUAAAAUGUACGAUACAGUAGUUGUGGGUGGAACUUUUGACCGAAUACAUGUGGGUCACAAAAUAUUCCUAACCCAGGCAGUAAUUCGUUGUUGCCGUAGAUUGGUGGUCGGCGUCACCACAAAUCAGAUGUCCAAACAUAAAACUCUUUCAGAGUUAAUAUUACCCGUGGAAUCUCGAAUAGAUGAUAUUCGUGAAUUUUUAACAGGGAUUGAUGCUAGCUUAGAAUAUGAAAUUGUUCCAAUUUAUGAUCCAUUUGGACCAACGUUAUCCGACCCCAAUUUAGAUAUGAUUGUGGUGAGCGCCGAAACGGAAAAAGGUGGUCAUAAAAUAAAUGAGCUUAGGAUGAAAAAUAAUAUGCGACCGCUUGAAAUAUAUUGUAUAGAACUCGUUAAUUCCACAAAUAUAGGCUUAGGACCAAUGGAAAAGAAAGUGAGCUCUAGCAAUACACGUAUUGACUUAUUAGGCUCCCGCAUAAAGAGACCUGAACCGAGACCUAAUCUCUUUGAUGAACCAUACAUCAUCGGCCUAACUGGUGGAAUAGCUUCUGGUAAAAGCAUAAUGUGUAGGCGACUGCUUAACAAGGGUGCACAAGUUUUCGAUUGCGACAAGAUUGCCCAUGAAAUAUACGAGCCUGGCCAAUCUUGCUACCAUAAACUAAUUAAACAUUUUGGUAGGACAAUUAUUGGUUCAGAUGAACGUAUUGAUCGCAAAACACUUGGACAAAUUGUUUUUAACAAUCCAAAGCAGUUGGAAAUAUUGAAUGAAAUUGUAUGGCCUGAACUUUUAACAGAAGUUAAAAAACGUAUUCAUGAUGUGCGUGAUAAACAUCAGUGUGAAGUGGUUGUGAUUGAAGCAGCUAUCCUAUUAAAUGCUGGAUGGGACAAAGAAUGUCAUGAAGUAUGGUCAACAAUAGUAACAGCCGAUGUAGCUAUACAGCGUAUUAAAAAACGGAACGGUUUAAGUGAAGAAGAAGCGCGAAAACGCAUCGAUAGCCAAAUGGGAAAUAGCGAAGUAGUUUCAAGAUCACAUAUCGUGUUUAGUUCCCAAUGGUCAGAUGAAUUUACGCAGCAGCAGGUAGACAAGGCAUGGUCUAUACUUAUGCAAGAUAUAGAAAACCGAAAACUGAAUAAGUCAAACAAGAACGAUUCCACCAAUAAUACCAGACUUUGACCUACUAAAGAUAUUAUAAGUUAUUUGCAAUAUAAAAUAUCUGUAUAUAUGAGAUAUUGUAUCAUUUAUGUGAGCCUGGGAUAUUAAGUAAUGGAUAUUAUGAUUCUCAUCACGAAAAUAAAUAACAAAUACUAUUUAAUUCCAUUUUAUAGCAUCCCUGAAAGAUGCAUUAAAUAUUGUUAUAUAUUCCUAGACUGAAUUUAAAUAAAGUUGACAUUUUU